UGCCAGAUGCCAUAACCUUUGGCCCUACAGCAGCUUUCCGACUCAACCCCUCCAUUGCCAGGGCAAGGAUCCCUAGCACCUCCGAGCCAGAACAGAACAGUGACCAGGCAAGGAAGUGGGGGUUGUCCCACCCGCCAGUCAAAAGAGCCUCACCGCCUUCCAAUCCGGGUUGACAACGGCACAACACCCCGCCAAACUUCUUUUCGCGAUGGCAUCAAAUUCGGAUCCAAAGUAUCGGGUUGAAGGCUAGCUGAUGAUUGUCCAUUUUCUCGGCACAAAGAACUCGUCCUUUCACCAAGCUACUAUACUACUUCUCGAACUCCGGUUCUGACAACUACUGCACCCAAAAUGGCAUCUACCCCAGCACACCUGGAGCCCUCCAAGCUCGGAACAAAAGAAUACUGGGCCUCCCUCUACACGACCGAACUCACAAACAACGCCCAGAACCCAGAAGACCGCGGCACGGUCUGGUUCGACGACUCGGACGCCGAGUCAAAGCUCCUGACCUACCUCGAGGACCUCACCGAGUCCGCCCCCUUCGACCACUCCCUCCGCCAAACCGACGCCACCUUCCUCGACCUCGGCUGCGGCAACGGCUCCCUCCUCUUCGCCCUCCGCGACGAGGGCUGGGCCGGCCGCGCCCUCGGCGUCGACUACGCCCCGCAGAGCGUCGAGCUGGCGCGCCGCAUCGCGGCGCAGAGACAGCAAGCUGCCGCCAAGGAGGAUGAGGACAUGUCCGACGCACCCGCCGGGGACGAAGACGACGAGGCAGACGCCAGAGAGCCAGAUUUCGAAGAGUGGGAUGUCCUGAACGGACCCUGGGAAACCGUGCUCAACGGGCCCCAAAAAGACGGUUGGGACGUCGUCCUCGACAAGGGCACCUUUGACGCAAUCUGCCUCAGCGACGAAAAGGACGCGCAGGGCAGGCGCAUCUGCGAGGGAUACAGAGGCCGCGCGCUCCGCCUCGUCAAGCCCGGUGGCCUGCUUCUCAUCACAAGCUGUAACUGGACAGAGGAGGAGCUCAGGAAAUGGUUCGAGGGCCCUUCCAAUGAGGGAGAUGCGGGCAAGUUUAUUGCUGUGGGCAAGGUGGAUUACCCUAGCUUCACCUUUGGCGGAGCCAAGGGCCAGACCAUCAGCAGUUUGUGCUUCCAGAGGCAGGCAUAG